CUGCUCACUGCUCGGGGAUAUCACGCGUCACUAACCCUUUUCUCUCCCCUCCCCCGCACAAAUCACCGAAUCCUCUGCACACCUUUUUGGAUACCUUUCCAGCUUCCUGCUUAAUAUUAAAACUCUCUCUCUCUCUCUCUCUCUCUCUCUCUCUCUCUCUCUCUCAUAUUACCAAAUAUUACAGAGAGGAAAUUAACGAGGCGGAUCGAUCAAAAGGUGCAUGUUUUGGGUUUGGGGUUUGAUUUAUUUGGGUUGGUAAAUAGGGAUAUAGAUGGAGAAGGAAGCAAUUCUGGAUUACGCGUUGGUUCCAAUGGGUCUGAUGGUAAUGGUGGCCUACCACGUUUGGCUGUUUCAUCGCAUCACACAUCACCCCAAGACCACCAUCUUCGGCAUCAACGCCAUCAAUCGCCGCUUCUGGGUUUCCGCUAUGAUGGAGGACGCGGGGAAGAGCGGAGUCCUAGCAGUGCAGACGCUGAGGAAUAACAUAAUGGCGUCGACCCUGCUAGCGUCGACGGCGAUCACCCUGAGCUCCAUCAUAGCAGUCCUAAUGACUGGCGGCGACUGGACCCGGUCGGCCGGGCUGCCGCUGGUGCUGGGAGACCGAAGCGAGCUAGGAUUUUCCAUAAAGUUCUUCUCCAUACUGGUAUGCUUCCUGGUGGGGUUCUUUCUGAACGUGCAGUCCAUUAGGUACUACAGCCACGCCAGCUUCCUCAUCACCAUUCCUUUCAAGAACCUCGGCAGCCACCGCCGGCGAGAAGAGAAUCAGCACCACUGCUUGACGACGGAGUACGUGGCGGGGAUCGUGAACAGAGGGAGCUGCUAUUGGUCGGUGGGGCUGAGGGCGUUCUACUUCUCUUUCCCUCUAUUCUUCUGGAUGUUCGGGCCAAUUCCCAUGUUCUUGUGCUGUCUUGUUCUCCUCUGCAUGCUUUAUUUUCUGGACGUGGCGGUUCAGUUUGGGUGGCCGCCGGUUACUGAUUCUGGGAACCCCCAUAUUGAGGAGGAUCAAGGGGACAGUUGCAUUGUCAGUAUGGCCUGAGAGAGAGAGAGAGAGAGAGAGAGAGAUCCAGAUUCAACACAAGUUGAAUUGGAAAAAUGCAUAUUAAUAACUUGAAUUUCCUCCUUUUAUUUCAACCUAUAUAUACUAGAAUAAAACAAAAAACAAUUUUGAGCGGA